CCGCAGCCCCAGAGAAUGAAUGAAAUUGAAAUUGCUGGUAUAUUACAUGUGCAAUACGGGGAUCUGCAGUGUUACAUUGUACUAUCAUACUAUAUCAAAAUGGCCACAGUGGUACAGAACCCCCUGAAAUCGCAAUCUGGAGGAACAGUCAUUAAGAACAGUCUGGGCGAGGAGUUCUACAGAGAGGCCAUCGAGCACUGCCGCAGCUACAAUGCCCGCCUGUGUGCUGAGCGCUCCAUGCGCCUGCCCUUCCUGGACUCCCAGACCGGCGUGGCACAGAGCAACUGCUACAUCUGGAUGGAGAAGAACCACCGCGGCCCAGGUUUGGCCCCAGGACAGCUGUAUACUUACCCUGCCCGCUGCUGGCGCAAGAAGAGACGGUUAAACAUUCUGGAGGACCCGCGCCUCGGACCCAUUGAGUUUAAGAUCGACUACGAGGCGUCUCUGAAGAAGGAAGGGGGCUUGCCGGAGGGGCCGGUGUUGGAAUCACUGCUCAGUGGAGAGACUCUGGACAAGAAGGUGGAGGCCAAGGAAGAGGAACCUAUGAGCGAGUGCCAGAAGUUGCUGGUCGGUGAUUUCCCCCAUGAACUGGAAGCGGAGGAGAUGGAAGAGGACGUCCCCAAACGCAAGAACCGCAAGAACCGCGAAGGACGGGCCUGUGGUGUAGGGGGUAUGAGGAAGAGACAAGAACCCAGCACCAUUGAGGACAGGGACAAGCCGUACGUCUGUGACAUCUGUGGGAAGCGCUAUAAAAACCGCCCGGGCCUGAGCUACCACUACACUCACACACACCUAGCGGACGAGGAGGGAGAGGAGGACUCUGAGCGACACACCCUGCCCUUCCAGCGCAAGAACAACCACAAGCCUAAGAAAGCUGCAGAUGGGUCGGUCAUCCCUAACGGCUACUGUGACUUCUGCCUGGGCGGCUCCAAGAAGACCGGCUGUCCCGAGGACCUCAUCUCCUGUGCCGACUGUGGACGCUCAGGCCACCCGUCCUGCCUGCAGUUCACAGUCAACAUGACGGCAGCCGUACGGACCUACCGCUGGCAGUGUAUCGAGUGCAAGUCCUGCAGCUUGUGUGGCACCUCCGAGAAUGACGAUCAGUUACUAUUCUGUGAUGACUGUGACAGAGGCUACCAUAUGUAUUGCCUGAGCCCCCCUAUGGCGGAGCCCCCAGAGGGGAGCUGGAGUUGCCAUCUGUGUCUGCGGCAGCUUAAAGAGAAGGCCUCGGCCUACAUCACCCUGACCUAAUCUACCACGCUACACCGCCCAUCCGCACCCCCCCCCCCCCCCACCCACCCCAAACAUGGCAAACGGACCUACUACAAUGUGAGAAGACUCCCCCAAGCCCCUGCAGUUUUUCCUCCUCUAUGAAACGACAACAUCUCUCCUGUCGUCAGGUCUCCCAGCCCCAGCUGUUUUAACGUCAAUGGAAGCACCUACUUCCCAGGGUGCACCAUGCUCCAUCCAGGUCUCCCCCUGUCUGUCCCUGCUGAGUCUCAGCCACCUGCCGCUGGAGUCCCCUCCACCUCUGGCCCAGGAUGAACCACCUUUUACCCCAGCAGCAUCAGGGAGAGCAUCUGAUUAUCAAUAGUCUAACUGGCCCUUCACCUUCUGUCUCCGAAGAGCCGUUUAUCAACAGCCCACAAGGACACUUUCUCUCCUGUGAAAGGUCCUUAGAGGAGCCCUAAUGAGCAUCAGCUGCCACUGUGGUCCUAUACUCCCAUAGCUCGGCUGUGGCCCUGGCAGUGGAGUACACACGGAGAGGGAGAGGCAGGCCGUAGUGACGCCUAGACUCCUCGUUAGGUUUAAAGCAGCUGCAGCCCCGCCCCCUUCCUCCCACAUGGCGCCUCCACUCAAAGCCUUUGACGGUGAAGUACUCUGGGAUUGAUACCAUCGCCCGGAGCUAUUGUGGCUUGAUGACAUUUGCAGAGGAGAGGGAGUGGAGAGGUUGUCACUCUGCCAUCAGCCACUUAGAUCAAAUUGUGUGUCCAAAAAAAGAAUGAAUUAGAGCAAAUGUUUUCCCCAACUAUGAACUUCUUGUUACCUUCAUUUCCUUAAAAAAAAAAAAAAAAAAAAAAUGAAAAAGCCAACAUGAGACUGCUAUGACUUUGGUGGAGCUUGGUGUAUUUUGGCUGUAUGUGUAGCAAGAAUGUAGGUAUGUUUUAAGUGUGGACAAUGCAGAUUUUAAUGUCUGGCCUUGUCAAAAAUACAGGGCCCAAUUUUUUUUUUUUUAACUUUAUUUGCAUGGUGUUAACAUUAUAGUUUUUAAAGAUAUUUUAAGGAUAAAAUGUAUUUAAGAAAGCACACUUAAUUCGCAAUAAUGUGUUUGUUGACCCAUUUGGGUAAAGUUGAGUGUGUGUGUGUGUCCAUCUGUAUGUGUGUGUGUGUGUGUGUGUGUGUGUGUGUGUGUGUGUGUGUGUGUGUCCUCCUAAAACUGUGUGGAAGUGAGAGCCAACCGUAGCCAACCAGGUGCUAGGCAGGACCUAUGGCAGGGUCGGGGAGCAGGAAGGGGAGGGGCUUCUGAUUCCUAGAAACACCACCAUGACUUACUGUAUUAUGUUUUCUGUUGGACCAAACGAAUUCAAGCCAGCUUGCGCCGUUUCUCUCUUCCGAGCCCUUGUUUUUUCUCGAAGGAUAACUCAUUUUUGUGAAAAGUCAUCAAAACUAGUAGAAUGAGCGCUUUACUAUCUGCAAGACUGCUUUGCGUGCUAGGACCUUGUAAUAUAAUGUGCUUUCAAAGAGUAAGCUAAAAGCAGAGGACUUCUACUAACUGGGACGCCAGCAUGUGUUUGUGAGCUUGUACUGAGACAAGUCUUUUUUUCAACCCAAAGUCCCCUUCCCCAGUGGCCUAUCUGGACUAUUGCAUCACGCUGCAACUUUGAUUGGUCCAAUGAUUCCUCUUCCUAGAGCUUUAAGUUGGGAGGCAUUUUGCUGUAAAUAGAUUGUCACUCUCUCCGUCUAUCAAAAAGACUAAUUGCAAUUUCAUAAUUCACCGUCUCUCAGUGCACAUCGAAAUAUGAACUCAAAAAUACAAUUUCUGUCUAUUUUAAUGCACUUAAAAGUGGUUAUCAUAUUUGCCUCCAUAUUUGUAAUGUCUCUACUCCUCAAAUGUAUGUGUUUAUAUUCUACUAUGGUAUGAUCCAACACACACAGCCAUGUUGGGGAAAAGGUCACUACCUACGCUACCCAAAAUGUAUGUACCAUCAUUUUAGCCAUGUGAUACCAGAAAUUAUCUUGAUUUCAUAUUUUGAUAUUUACUUUAUUUCUUUUUCUCUCGAAUAACUAGGGAUGUUUUUACCUCUUCUCUCUCAGAAUUGUUCUCUUAUUUGUUUUUGUUGGUAUUUUUGUACUUCAAACAUUUUGCACAGUGUGUUUGUUUGGCAUGUGUGUGUACGUGUGUGUGUCUAUGUGUGUGACAGAGAGGGGGGGGGGGGGAGACACACAGGCAGACUUAAAGGCGCUGUCUGUCAGUGGUUCUGUCCCAAAUUACACCCUUUCCUCUUUGUAGUGCACUAUUUUGAACAGUGGCCAUCGGGCUCUGGUAGAAAAAUAGUGCACCACAUAGGGAAUAGGGUCCCAUUUGGGGUGCACACAUUGUCUCUUUAAUCUAAUAAUGAGGUCAUAGAGAAACAAACAGUCAGUCGACGGUUAUUAUUUUUCAAACUUCCUCUCCAUGACACAAGCUGCAUGCCGAUACAUCCAAGACUGCAGUUAACACUAGUGUACUGUGUUAGAAUGGGUACUGCUGAGGCCUCAGCCCUUGCUACUGUAGUUGGCCCUGAGUGACAGUUGCCUGAUCCCAGAUCUGUUUGUGCUGUCGCAUGACAAUGACCCUUAGAGUUGGUAAGACAGCACACAGAUCUAGAGUGACAGAAUGUGUCAUGAUAGAUUGUCUUUUGAGGAGUCUGUCCAUUUAAAGGACAAUGUGAAAACCUUCACAACAUUACGGUUUCAUCCUUUUAUUUAAGUUUCCCACCAAUAUCCAAUCAGAGUUGUGUUCAGAGCCGGUACUGAGGUAAUAGCCAGGGGAUGACGUGAUUCUGUGUGGGUGAGGUGAACUGAUCUCACUGACAAUAAGCCUUUACUUCUGAAUUUAUUCCUGGCACUUAAGAGGAUGUGGUGGAGUCAAACUACUUUGAUUGUACUCUCUGAGAGGAUGCAGUUGCAGAAAGAGGGGUGACUCUAGCUCAGAUAUGACCUUUGACCCCCCCCCCCCCCCAGAGACUGAGCUGAGAGAUAGGGGGUCACCCAGUGAUCUAUCCUGUUCCGUCUCAGCAUCCUUUCUCUCCCUCCCCAUCUUUAGACUGGGGGUGGGAUUAGAAAGGAAAGAUUAUUGGCCAGUCCUCAAACGAAGCAGGAUUCUGGCCCUCUUGUAAAUUAUCGUGCUGUGAUCUUGCUUGCACUUUUUAUUACCAAAAUAAGAAAUUCCUGUGUGAGUGUGUGCACAUUUUCCUUUCUUGUAACUGUCUGUUGGAAAAAAAGAAACACUGGAUAAAAUGAAUUUGUUAGUAUUUACCCUGAUGGAGAUCAAAUCUUCCUGGACACGUGGGUUGUUUUUUCCUUCUCUACCUGGGAACGCUUUGAAAUAUUGACUGCAACUGCAUAGCUGUCAUUCAUUCACUGUAAAUUCAUCUGUCUUUCUCGAGGCACCCAAUUUUUCCACAUUUUUCUCUCCUGACUUCUUUUUUCAUUUACAAACAAUCAUAAAUAAAAGUUGUAACCCCUGAAAA